GGCUCUCUCUCUCCCUCUCUCAUCUCACACACCCCACUUGAUGUUUUGUUCUGUGGGCGACUCUUCUUGGUUGGGGGAUCGAUGAUCAGACUCUCUCAGUACCCGGUUCUUUAAAAGAUCGGUUCUUGAUUUCUCUCCCGCUAGAUGGGGUUCAGGACUGGUGAUAACUGGCUGCUGGUGUAGCGCAAGCGACCGUUGCUAAUCCUGUUGCUAAAGCAACAUGGCAACAGGUGCAGGUGGAGAUGUGGGUGGGCGCCUUGCGGCAUUGGCUUCUAAGGUUGACUCCAAGAUAUAUCAUCUCAAGGAUGUGUUGGUUGAGUACAUGGACAUAAAAAGUGUAGUUGGUGAGAUGGCACAAGAGAGGGAAAUGUUCCAGCACGAACAGAAUGUUAUGGCAGGAAACGAAGCGAUGCUGGAGGCGAUGAAGGAGGAGCUUGUGGCAGCAAACAAUGAGCUUGUUGCCACAAAAGAGGAUAUUUCUCGGAAGAACCAGGAGCUAGAGUUCGUGAAGAAAAAGCUUCAAGAAAGUGAAGCCAGAAGCAAUCAGGCUGAGCAGCAGAGCGGCAUUGUUGCUGAACUUAUCCAACCAAGAGGGGUGCAAACAAGAUCAAUGCAAAAGCGCAAAGGGUCAUUCCAAGGACCUUCAGGCUAUGGGGCUGAUGACCAAGAGAAUACAAGUCAAAUGGAUGUCCAAUCUCCGGGUCACUUGAAAUUGAUGACAACUCCUGAUCAGGCCCAGAAAAGAUCAGUAGAGAAACAGAAACAAUUAUCUCGACGGCUUCUGUAUGAUGCUGGUGAGCUUGAGUCAACGGAAGGACAUCUUAGUGAAGAGCUAGUAAAUACCCCAAAUGCCGGCCAAACCUCAGGUGUUCUGGUGAGCAAAGAUGAUGACCUGGAGGCCAUCAGAGAAGAGCUGAUCAAGGGAUUUCUUGAAAUUGAUAUCGGUGGACGGAAACUUGGGAUAAAGGAAAUGGGAGAACUGAAUGAGAAGGCGUUCCAGGCUGCAUGCCUUGCAAAGCUACCUCCAGAAGAAGCUGGCUCGGCAUCGUAUGAAUUAUACUCAUCGUGGCAGAAGCAACUGAGUGACCUAAGCUGGAAUCCCUUCAAGAAGAUCACAGUUGACGGUGCUUGUAAGGAGAUUGUGAAUGUUGAUGAUGCCAAGCUGCAAGAGCUGAAGAGCGCGUGGGGAGAAGGCGCCCACAAGGCCGUUGUGAAUGCGCUAAUGGAGAUGAAAGAGUAUAACACCCUAGGUGACAGAAGCAUCGCCUAUGAGCUGUGGAACUACAAGGAAGGGAGGAAGGCCACCCUACGUGAGUGUGUUGAAUACAUUACCAAACAAGUGAAGCAACUCACAGUGACCAAGCGCAGGAAGACUCGCAGGGAAAGGUGACCUGGUGGCACCACAACCCAAGAGUGUUGUUGCAAGAAUGAACUUGUGGUGACGGGUGAGGGCUGAAAUAUGUGCAGUUUAAGACUAAUCCAUGAAGGAUUAGUACAAGAAAGGAACUCUUAAGCUUCCUUUUAUCUGUAAAAUAUCAUGAUUAGCAAGUAGGACCCCUGAAGAACCUGACUGUAUCAAGAAAUGGAUGGAAAACUAUGAACUUUUAAGUGGUAAACCUGUUUUUGUUUGUGGAACCAGGUUGUGGCCUAUGACCACUGUACUGCCUGUGCAACCAGUAUAACAGCUAUGCACAGGAGACCUAUGAUUAACGUUUGACUGCUUUGAUGUUACUGUUAGUGAUCGAUGCUAUGAAGAACAGCAUUUUCAUCUAUAUUGAUGCCUGAAUUAAUCUA